AUGUUUCGAUUGAUCAAGCUUUUAACUCUACCGGUUUUGUGCAGUUUUUUUUCUAUAGAGAAGGAGGAUAGUUUUCUCGCAAAGCUGAAAAGUCCAUUCGAAAUUUUGGAGGAAGAAACCCUGUAUCAUGGUGUUUGGGCAAACUUCACACGAAUUCACUUCAUUCGCAAAGGAACAGGAAGCCGCGGCGCAUGGGAGUUGAUCGAUGUAUCACAAUAUGACAGUGAUCGUGUCAAUGGAAUACAAUUGAUUCCAAGAAUUGUAAUCAAAGGUCAACGAUAUUUUGUUUUGAACUUACAGUAUCGUAUCCCGCUUAAAGCAUGGACACUAGAGUUUCCUGGCGGAGCUGUAGAAACCGGUGAAACCAAUUUACAAGGAGCUCUACGAGAACUCAAAGAAGAAACAGGCUAUACAGCGACAGAAGCCAACUCUGUUUUCACAACUGUUGGCAAACUAGCAACUCAUCCGGGUAAAACCAACGAUCUCAUUCAAAUAACAGUUAUAGACAUUGACUCUGAAAUAGAGGAAAAUCAACAUGUUCUACAGAACUUGGACGAAGCCGAGGCUUCAUAUGUUCGAUUAAUACCAGAGCAUGAACUUUUCGAGACCUUAGUCAGAAUACAGUCACAAGUACAUAUCACUUCGAAUGUGUUAACUUUCGCUCUGGGAUACAAAUUGGCAUUAGAAGGAGUUGUUUGA